GUUUCCCCUGUAUCUCCGGCCGCGGCGCGGCGUGGUGCGCCUGCCGCGCCGCCUCGCCGCCGCGCCGCCGCUCCCCUUCUUCCUGUUUGACCCGCGGCCGCGCAGCGACCGCCCUGCGCCGCCGGGCGCGGCGAUGCGUCGCAGCCUGAGCCUUGCAGGCGACGGCGCGGGCAGCGGAUAG